UCUACUCGAUCUUCCUUUUUCUCUUCUCAGCGUAAUACGUACAAGUUCUCCUUUCACACAACCGUCAGAAACAUAUUUCAACCAAAAAAAUAAAAAAAAUGGGAAUAGUAGAAGAAGCACAUAAUGUAAAAAUAGUAGGUUCAGGUGAGCAAGUAAUAGUAUUAGCUCAUGGAUUUGGGACAGACCAAUCAGUUUGGAAACACUUAAUUCCUCAUUUAGUUGAUAAUUAUAAGGUUGUUUUAUAUGAUAAUAUGGGAGCUGGAACUACUAAUCCUGAUUACUUUGAUUUUGAGAGGUACUCUACUUUGGAAGGUUAUGCUUAUGAUUUGUUGGCUAUUUUGGAGGAAUUUCAAUUAUCUUGUUGUAUCUUUGUGGGUCACUCUGUCUCUGCUAUUGUUGGUGCCAUUGCUUCCAUUAUGCGCCCUGAUCUUUUCUCUAAGCUCAUCUUAAUCUCCGCUUCUCCAAGGUACUUGAACGAUGUCGACUACUACGGAGGGUUUGAGCAAGAAGAUUUAGACCAACUCUUUGAGGCUAUGCAGUCCAACUACAAGGCGUGGUGCUCAGGUUUUGCCCCUUUGGCAGUGGGUGGGGACAUGGAUUCGGUAGCGGUCCAAGAGUUUAGUCGCACCUUAUUCAACAUGAGGCCUGAUAUAGCCUUAAGUGUGGCUCAAACUAUUUUUCAAAGUGACUUUAGGCACCUGCUAUGUCAUGUAACUGUUUCUUGCCACAUUAUUCAGAGCAUCAAGGACUUGGCUGUUCCAGUGGUUGUGUCUGAGUACCUUCAUCAAAAUCUUGGAGGAGACUCGAUUGUCGAGGUCAUGUCAUCGGAAGGUCAUCUGCCUCAGUUGAGCUCCCCUGAUAGUGUGAUCCCGGUGCUCUUACGACACAUCCGUCAUGAUAUUGUUGUCUAAUCUUGAGAGAGUAUUGAUGUGCUUCAAACCGUUUAGUUUUUCUUCUUGUAUGUUAGUUUAACAUGUCUAGGUAAAAUAACUAAAAAAAUGCAACCAAAGUGUAUCAUAUAGUGUCUUUAUAUUAAGGGUUUACUUAGCUUAUUUGUCAAGUUUAUAAGUUGUGGAUAAGAAUGUACCAAAGUUUCAAUUUACAUGUUAUGAUAUUUGCAUUUACCAAAUAACUUAUGGCUUAUUUGGUAGACAACAUCAAA